CCUGAUGCUGUACAAGUCUGGCUGGCAUCGGUCCAACGCAGAGCUGGAAUUGCCUUGUGUCGAGUGUCGCGGAGGAAGGCGCGUUGCAACAGCCGCGACUCGACUAGCGACUGACGCUCCUUCCAACAUCGACAUGGAGCCUCGCAUCUGUUUGACCUAUAGUCCCAUCUAUCUCCAUCGUGUAUUUUGGAUUGGGACCAGCUUACGACAUAAAUGCCGCCAUGACGACGAUGCCUCUCUUCCCUCCGGGCCUCCAUCCCGCAAUGACAAACUGCCUACGCAGCUGAGAUGAUUUGCGCAGAUUGUCCACGCUCUACACCAUGCAAUCUCCCUCUGCACCUGCCUCGGUGUCGCUUCUGUCUUCCUUCACGCAUACGCGCUUCUUUCUUUCUCUUGUCCACCUACUACACCGCUCCAUUGAAGAAUCUCCAACCACCAUGACAGCCUGCUCGAGGGUCUUCGACCUGCCUGAACUGUUACACCUCAUCAUCUCGGACCUCACACAUGAAGCACACUCGCUUUGUCAAAUCUUGCGGAUCAACGGUGCCUUCUUCCUCUGCGGCAUCGAAUAUCUCUGGCGUGAGGUUCCGGUGCACAACUUCCAACGCAUCUCCUCGUCUCGCAGACAGCUCUAUGCCAAUGCUAUACGUGACAUUCAUACAACAAUCAAAGUUGGAGACCACCACGAAAUGUUCACAGGCCUGUCGUUUCCUCGACUCAGAGGGGUGGAUGUCGUAUACGCCUACUCAUCAAAUGAUAAAUCUCGCCGGCCAGCCGAAGCAGAUGCCAACAUUGAGGAGCAUAUCCUGGUGUUCUUGCAGCCGUCUAUCGAGAGAUUUAGUUUUCUAGGGCCACCGCAGUCUCCCAUCAUAAAUCUGCUUCGCAGAAUCGAGAUGUCUUAUUGUUGCUUGAUAUCCCUUAUGUAAAAGACUUCCGGCUUCAUAUGGACAAUAAUACUGAUGAUGCCUCGUUGGACAAACUGAACUUGCCGUGGCGACUCUCGCAAGUCGUACAAAAGCUAGCGCGUCUACAAACUGUCUCCCUGAGCUUGCAGAACUCACUCUUGGACGCAAAAUUGAUUGAGAAUCUGGCUGGCUGCGCAAGACUGGAAAAUUUGCGCCUCGACCAGGACGCUAUCAACUCUGAUGUUCUCCAGGCUGCGAUGGACCAAAGUACC